ACCCGCCCGCCAAGAUGGUGGCCCUCUCGCUAAAGAUCUGCGUCCGGCAGUGCAACGUGGUGAAGACGAUGCAGUUUGAGCCGUCCACGGCGGUCUACGACGCCUGCCGCAUCAUCAGGGAACGCGUCCCGGAAGCCCAGACCGGACAGGCCUCAGAUUAUGGCCUCUUCCUGUCCGACGACGACCCCCGGAAGGGCAUCUGGCUGGAAUCGGGCAGGACGCUGGACUACUACAUGCUCCGCAAUGGGGACAUCCUGGAGUACAAGAAGAAGCAGAGACCACAGAAGAUCAAAAUGCUUGACGGCGCAGUGAAGACCAUCAUGGUGGAUGACUCUAAGACGGUGGGCGAGCUCCUCGUCACCAUCUGCAGCAGAAUCGGAAUCACCAACUACGAGGAGUACUCCCUCAUCCAGGAGACGGUGGAAGAGAAGCGGGAGGAUGGCACCGGCACGCUGAAGAAGGACCGGACACUGCUGAGGGACGAGAGGAAGAUGGAGAAGCUGAAGGCCAAGCUGCACACCGACGACGACCUGAACUGGCUGGACCACAGCCGCACCUUCCGUGAGCAGGGUGUGGAGGAGAGCGAGACCCUACUGCUCCGUCGCAAGUUCUUCUACUCCGACCAGAACGUGGACUCAAGGGACCCUGUGCAGCUCAACCUACUUUAUGUGCAGGCCCGUGAUGACAUCCUGAACGGCUCGCAUCCCGUGUCCUUCGACAAAGCCUGCGAGUUUGCUGGGAUUCAAGCUCAGAUCCAGUUCGGCCCUCAUGUGGAACACAAACACAAGCCCGGGUUCCUCGAUCUGAAGGAGUUUCUCCCUAAAGAGUAUAUUAAACAGAGGGGUGCAGAAAAGAAGAUCUUCCAGGACCACAAGAACUGCGGGGAGAUGACGGAGAUAGAAGCCAAAGUGAAGUACGUGAAGCUGGCGCGGUCCCUCCGAACAUACGGAGUGUCCUUCUUCCUGGUGAAGGAGAAGCUGAAGAGCAAGAACAAGCUGGUCCCACGACUGCUGGGCAUUACCAAAGAGUCUGUGAUGCGCGUGGACGAGAAGACCAAAGAUGUGGUGCAAGAAUGGCCCCUGACCACAGUGAAGAGAUGGGCCGCAUCUCCCAAGAGCUUCACUCUGGAUUUUGGAGAGUAUCAGGAGAGCUACUACUCUGUCCAGACGACGGAGGGGGAGCAGAUCUCACAGCUUAUUGCCGGAUAUAUAGAUAUCAUACUUAAAAAGAAGCAGAGUAAGGACCGUUUCGGCUUGGAGGGUGAGGAGGAGUCCACAAUGCUCGAGGAAUCGGUCUCUCCGAAGAAGUCCACCAUCCUGCAGCAGCAGUUCAACCGCGUAGGCCGCGUGGAGCACGGCUCGGUGGCGCUGCCCGCUGUCAUGCGUUCCGGCUCGGUCGGGCCCGAGGCCUUCAACACGGGCACCAUGCCAUCAGCCCAGCAGCAGAUCACGACCGGCCAGAUGCACAGAGGACACAUGCCCCCGCUGAGCUCGGCGCAGCAGGCCCUGAUGGGCACCAUCAACACCAGCAUGCAGGCCGUCCAGCAGGCCCAGGUGGAUCUCGGGGAGGUGGACAACCUGCCGCCGCUGGGGCAGGACAUGGCAUCCAGGGUUUGGAUCCAGAACAAAGUGGACGAGUCGAAACACGAAAUCCACUCCCAGGUGGACGCCAUCACCGCGGGAACCGCCUCUGUCGUCAACCUGACCGCUGGCGACCCCACGGACACGGACUACACUGCGGUGGGCUGUGCCAUCACCACCAUCUCCUCCAACCUGACGGAGAUGUCCAAAGGCGUGAAGCUGCUGGCAGCGCUGAUGGAGGACGAGCUGGGCAGCGGGCAGGAGCUGAUGCGGGCGGCGCGCACGCUGGCGGGGGCCGUGUCCGACCUGCUGAAGGCUGUGGAGCCGGCGUCUGGCGAGCCCCGGCAGACAGUGCUGACGGCAGCGGGCAGCAUCGGCCAGGCCAGUGGUGACCUUCUCCGGCAGAUUGGCGAGAACGAGACGGAUGAGCGCUUCCAGGACAUCCUGAUGAACCUGGCCAAAGCUGUGGCCAACGCUGCUGCCAUGCUGGUCCUCAAAGCCAAGAACGUGGCUCAGGUGGCCGAAGACACAGUGCUGCAGAACCGGGUGAUCGCCGCGGCGACGCAGUGCGCCCUGUCCACCUCGCAGCUGGUGGCCUGCGCCAAGGUGGUCAGCCCCACCAUCAGCUCGCCGGUGUGCCAGGAGCAGCUGGUGGAGGCGGGCAGGCUGGUGGAGCGCUCGGUGGAGGGCUGCGUGCAGGCGUGCCGCUCUGCCACAGACGACGGCGAGCUGCUGAAGCAGGUGGGCGCGGCGGCGGUUGUGGUCAGCCAGGCGCUUGGCGACCUGCUCCAGCACGUGCGGCACUACGCCAGCCGCGGCGAGCCCAUUGGCCGCUACGACCAGGCCACCGAUACCAUCAUGACCGUCACCGAGAGUAUCUUCAGCUCCAUGGGUGAUGCCGGGGAGAUGGUCCGCCAGGCCCGGGUCCUGGCCCAGGCCACCUCUGACCUCGUGAACGCCAUGCGCUCGGACGCCGAGGCCGAGAUCGACGUGGACAACUCCAAGAAGCUGCUGGCCGCCGCCAAGCUGCUGGCCGAUGCCACGGCCAAGAUGGUGGAGGCUGCAAAGGGUGCGGCCGCCUAUCCGGAGAACGAGGACCAACAGCAACGGCUGAGGGAGGCGGCUGAGGGAUUGCGGGUGGCGACUAACGCAGCCGCACAGAACGCCAUCAAGAAGCACGCCGUGUGUUUUUUACAGAACGCAGCUAAGCAGGCGGCCGCCGCAGCCACGCAGACCAUCGCUGCUUCCCAGAAUGCAGCGGCAUCCAACAAGAACACGGCCGCCCACCAGCAGCUGGUGCAGAGCUGCAAGGCCGUGGCCGACCACAUCCCCCAGUUGGUCCAAGGCGUGCGGGGGAGCCAGGGCCAGCCUGAGGACCUCAGUGCCCAACUGGCACUCAUCAUCGCCAGCCAGAACUUCCUCCAGCCUGGGAGUAAGAUGGUUGCAUCCGCGAAGUCGGCAGUCCCCACGGUGGCCGACCAGGCCGCCGCCAUGCAGCUGGGCCAGUGUGCCAAGAACCUAGCGACCAGCUUGGCUGAGCUCCGGACAGCUACACAGAAGGCUCACGAGGUCUGCGGGCCCAUGGAGAUCGACUCUGCGCUCACCACAGUUCAGACCCUGAAAAACGAGCUCCAGGAUGCCAAGAUGGCCGCCGUGGAUGCCGAGCUGAAACCCCUCCCUGGAGAAUCGCUUGAGAAGUGUGCCCAGGAUCUCGGAAGCACCUCCAAGGCUGUGGGUUCCUCCAUGGCCCAGCUUCUCACCUGUGCCGCCCAGGGCAACGAGCACUACACAGGUGUGGCAGCCAGGGAGACCGCUCAGGCCCUGAAGACGCUGGCCCAAGCCGCCCGCGGUGUCGCCGCCUCCACCAUGGAUCCCCAGUCCGCAGCGGCCAUGUUGGACUCGGCCCGCGAUGUAAUGGAGGGCUCCGCCAUGCUGAUUCAUGAGGCCAAGCAGGCCCUGGUCUCCCCAGGGGACGCCGAGAGCCAACAGAGGCUGGCACAGGUGGCCAAGGCCGUGUCCCACUCCCUGAAUAACUGCGUCAACUGUCUGCCGGGCCAGAAGGACGUGGACAUGGCGCUGAAGAGCAUCGGCGAGGCCAGCAAGAGGCUCCUGGUGGACAGUCUUCCCCCCACCACCAAGUCCUUCCAGGAAGCCCAGAGCGACCUGAACCAAACUGCGGCCGACCUCAACCACUCGGCCGGGGAGGUCGUCCACUCGUCCCGCGGCACCAGCAGCCAGCUGGCCGUGGCGUCCGGCAAAUUCAGCGAGGAUUUCGACGAGUUCCUGGACGCCGGCAUCGAGAUGGCAGGACACACUCAGUGCAAGGAAGACCAGUUCCAAGUCAUCGGGAACCUGAAGAGCAUUUCCAUGGCCUCCAGCAAGCUGCUCCUGGCCGCCAAGUCCCUCUCGGUGGAUCCCGGCGCCGCCAAUGCCAAGAAUCUCCUGGCCGCCGCCGCAAGAGCCGUGACUGAGAGCAUCAAUCAGCUGAUCACGCUGUGUACCCAGCAGGCCCCGGGGCAGAAGGAGUGCGACAACGCCCUGCGUGAGCUCGAGGCGGUGAGGGGCAUGCUGGACAACCCCAGCGAGCCGGUCAGCGACCUCUCCUACUUCGACUGCAUCGAGAGCGUCAUGGAGAACUCAAAGGUCCUCGGGGAGUCUAUGGCGGGCAUUUCUCAAAACUGCAAGACGGGAGACGUGCCAGCUUUUGGGGAGUGUGUGGGCGUGGCCUCCAAAGCCUUAUGCGGCCUGACUGAGGCUGGAGGACAGGCCUCUUACUUGGUCGGUGUGUCUGACCCAAACAGCCAGUCAGGCCACCAGGGCUUGGUGGACCCCAUCCAGUUCGCUCGAGCCAAUCAGGCCAUUCAGAUGGCCUGUCAGAACCUAGUGGACCCAGCCAGCAGCCCGUCCCAGGUGCUGUCUGCAGCCACCAUCGUCGCCAAACACACGUCAGCGCUCUGCAACGCCUGCCGCCUGGCCUCGUCUAAGACGGCCAACCCCGUGGCCAAGAGGCACUUCGUCCAGUCAGCCAAGGAGGUCGCCAACAGCACGGCCAACCUCGUCAAGACCAUCAAGGCCCUGGACGGUGACUUCUCCGAGGAGAACCGGGACAAGUGCCGCGUGGCCACGGCGCCCCUCAUCCAGGCCGUGGAGAAUCUCACCACGUUUGCCUCAAACCCGGAAUUCGCCAGCAUCCCCGCGCAGAUCAGCAGCGAGGGCUCGGCGGCUCAGGAGCCCAUCAUCCAAUCCGCUCGUGCCAUGCUGGACAGCUCCACUGAGCUCCUCAAGACUGCUCGCUCAUUGGUCAUCAACCCAAAGGACCCGCCCACCUGGUCCAUCUUGGCCAGCCACUCGCGCACCGUCUCGGACUCCAUCAAGAGCCUCAUCACAGCCAUCAGGGAUAAAGCUCCGGGGCAGAGGGAGUGUGACUCCUCCAUCGACAACAUCAACAAGUGCAUCCGGGACAUUGAGCAGGCGUCCCUGGCUGCCGUCAACCAGAGCCUCCCCAGCCGUGAUGACAUCUCCCUGGAGGCCCUGCAGGAGCAGCUGACGUCCGCCGUGCAGGAGAUCGGACACCUCAUCGACCCCAUCUCCACAGCGGCGAGGGGGGAGGCCGCCCAGCUGGGCCACAAGGUCACCCGGCUGGCCAGCUACUUCGAGCCGCUCAUCGUGGCGUCUGUGGGGGUUGCCUCCAAGAUCCUUGAUCACCAGCAGCAGAUGACCAUCAUGGACCAGACGAAGACUCUGGCUGAGUCGGCCCUGCAGAUGCUAUACGCUGCUAAGGAGGGCGGAGGCAACCCCAAGGCGGCGCACACCCACGACGCCAUCGCCGAGGCAGCCCAGCUGAUGAAGGAGGCUGUUGACGACAUCAUGGUGACGCUGAACGAAGCCGCUAGUGAAGUGGGCAUGGUGGGAGGCAUGGUGGAGUCUAUCGCCGAGGCCAUGGGCAGGCUGGAUGAAGGCACCCCCCCAGAGCCCGAGGGCUCCUUCGUGGAUUACCAGACCACCAUGGUGAAGUUCUCCAAGGCCGUCGCCGUCACGGCCCAGGAGAUGAUGACCAAGUCGGUGACCAGCCCGGAGGAGCUGGGGGGGCUGGCCUCGCAAGUGACAGCCGACUACAGCCAGUUGGCCCUGCAGGGGCGCCUGGCAGCCGCCACCGCAGAACCGGAGGAGAUCGGCUUCCAGAUCCGGACGCGGGUGCAGGAGCUGGGCCACGGCUGCAUCCUGCUGGUGCAGAAGGCUGGGGCCCUACAGCUGAGCCCCACGGACAGCUUCAGCAAGAAGGAGCUCAUCGAGAGUGCCCGCGCCGUCACCGAGAAGGUCUCCUUGGUACUGUCAGCUCUGCAGGCGGGAAACAAAGGCACCCAGGCGUGCAUCACGGCCGGCAGCGCCGUCUCCGGCAUCAUCGCUGACCUGGACACCACUAUCAUGUUCGCCUCAGCCGGCACGCUAAAUGCGGAAAACGACGAGUCCUUCGCCGACCACAGGGAGAACAUCUUGAAAACGGCCAAGGCUCUGGUGGAGGACACCAAGAUGCUGGUGUCUGGGGCGGCAUCCAGCCAGGAGAGGCUGGCACAGGCUGCCCAGUCCUCCGCCAACACCAUCACCCAGCUCACAGACGUGGUCAAGCUGGGCGCCGCCAGCAUCGGCUCUGAUGACCCGGAAACACAGGUGGUGCUCAUCAAUGCGGUGAAGGACGUGGCCAAGGCCCUGGCUGAUCUGAUAGGGGCUACAAAAUGCGCUGCAGGGAAGUCUGCUGAUGACCCGUCUAUGUACCAGCUGAAGAGCGCCGCCAAGGUGAUGGUGACCAAUGUGACGUCUCUACUGAAGACCGUGAAGGCGGUAGAGGACGAGGCCACCCGGGGGACGCGGGCCCUGGAAGCCACCAUCGAGUGCAUCAAGCAGGAGCUGACGGUCUUCCAAUCCAAGGACAUCCCCGAGAGGUCGACCACUCCGGAGGAGUUCAUCCGCAUGACCAAGGGUAUCACCACGGCAACAGCCAAAGCAGUAGCCGCCGGCAACUCGGCGCGCCAGGAGGACGUGAUCUCCACGGCGAACAUGAGCCGCAAAGCCAUCUCCGACAUGCUCAGCACCUGCAAGCAAGCGGCUUUCCACCCGGAGGUGGCCGACGAUGUACGGGCCAAGGCCUUGGCGUUCGGCACAGAGUGCACUCUGGGAUACAUUGAGCUGCUGGAGCAAGUGCUGCUGGUUCUCCAGAAGCCCAUCCCGGAGCAGAAGCAGCAGCUGCCCGCGUUCUCCAAGCGUGUGGCCGGCGCAGUCACAGAGCUCAUCCAGACGGCGGAGGUGAUGAAAGGCACAGAGUGGGUGGACCCCGAGGACCCCACCAUCAUUGCGGAGACGGAGCUGCUGGGGGCGGCGGCUUCCAUCGAGGCGGCAGCUAAGAAGCUGGAGCAGCUGAAGCCCCGAGCGAAGCCCAAGCAAGCAGACGAAUCCCUGGACUUCGAGGAGCAGAUCUUGGAGGCAGCAAAAUCCAUCGCCGCAGCGACCAGCGCCCUGGUGAAAUCGGCGUCUGCCGCACAGAGAGAGCUGGUGGCGCAGGGCAAGGUGGGCUCCAUCCCUGCUAACGCCGUGGACGAUGGUCAGUGGUCUCAAGGCCUCAUUUCUGCUGCCCGCAUGGUAGCUGCUGCCACCAGUAACCUGUGUGAGGCAGCCAAUGCCUCGGUGCAGGGCCACGCCAGCGAGGAGAAGCUCAUCUCCUCAGCCAAGCAGGUCGCUGCCUCCACCGCCCAGCUUCUGGUGGCCUGCAAGGUCAAGGCUGACCAGGACUCGGAGGCCAUGCGGAGGCUGCAGGCUGCCGGGAAUGCCGUGAAGCGGGCGUCCGAUAACCUGGUGCGGGCGGCACAGAAGGCAGCCUUCGACAAGGCAGACGACGACAGUGUGGUGGUGAAGACCAAAUUUGUGGGAGGAAUCGCUCAGAUCAUCGCUGCCCAGGAGGAGAUGCUGAGGAAGGAGCGUGAGCUGGAGGAGGCCCGGAAGAAGCUGGCCCAGAUCCGACAGCAGCAGUACAAGUUCCUUCCCAGUGAGCUGCGGGAGGAUGAGAACUGACCAGCCCCACCCCCUUCCCAGCCCCGCCCCCUUCCCAUCACGGACCAAUAGAGCUGCGUGUGUAUGCGUGCAUGUGUAUAAACCCAGGAGAGUGCCACAGACUCCCCAUCUCUGUCACAACGGUGUCCCUUUCUGCUGAAGCUGCUUCUCUUCAGAUAUUCAUUUGGUCUGAACCCAUAACUCCUGCUGCACAGAAGUCCCUGCGCCCUUUAAAAGCACCUAGACAUGCUUCUACCCCAUCAGAAAGCAGAGAUGGGAAUAAGGUCGAAUGAGUACCUGAAUGACACACACACUUGCACGCGCACACACACACAGCUCGAUUUGGAUAAUUUCAGGAGAAAGGAAUUUUUGCUGGUGCAGUUGUAAGCCACACACAGUUAUUUACAGGGUGGGCAGUGUGAAUGUAAAAGUGGGACCUACUCACUCAAUCUGACCCCAGUGUGGAUAACCUGUAGAGAUGCCCUCUUUCGUUUCUGGGGCUCAGAUAGUUCCUGGCUGUAUUAUCUGCUGUGACAUGAGAAUUUAAUUUUUGAGGCAUCAGGUGAAAGCCAUCUUUAACUAUCCUUUGUUUUCUUUAAGAAUGUAGAUGGCAAAUGCAAUGUCUGUGCUCUACCUAAAGAAGGUCAUCAUCUUUAAGAUAAUCUACCUGUAACUUUCAGUCUUUUGGAUGUGUUUUAUUGUGGAAAUAGAUUUUUUUUUUUUUUUUUUUUUUUUUUUUUUUUUGAAGGGGCAGUUUUUCGUGUAACUCUUGCCGCCGUUUGCAGUACAUCAUGCAGAUCGCAAUGGCAGUGCUUGCACCACGUGUGUGUCCCAUUCGGGCAGUACGUUACCAUCACAGAUCGCAGUCCGCGUGCAGUCCGUUAGUAUGCAUCGAGCCACGCAUCCUUUUGAAGCUAUCUCCUAAACACACUAACUAAUGCAAUACAGUUUGAAGGGGCUGAAACAUUCCGGAGCGGAAUGGAGUCUGGUUGUAGAAUCUACGUCCUGAAUCCGCUCCCCCCCCCCUCCCUCUGGAUGCCCUGCAUGCCUUCUCAGUACACGUAGGACGGAACAUAUCACACUUUCGCCCCUCACUAUUAGAUAGGUAUCAAAGCCAAAUAUAUAGGAGGCAAAAAUGUACAGAAUAUUUGCUGUUAAACACGUAAGCUUGUCGCCUGUGGUUGACAGUAAAAGUGCAAUGACUACCGCAUUGUAACCAGACUGCGUUUCCAUAAUGACCACUAGACUUCCUGAAGACCGUACGCGGGACCAGCAGAAGUGAAACCGAAGUCAAUCUAGAUAUAGAUCCGACUUCCUGGAAGCUGCGGGACCUGCGGUCCGUUAGCUGAUGUCUGCUUGGUUCUUCUUAAAUCUGAAGCUCCUCUGUGUUUAAUAUAGCCUAUACAUUCUUCCUGUUUCGAUGUCAGGUUUUCAGUGUUUUGCUGCGUCAGUUACACUAAAAGCUUUUUUUUUUGUGGGCAAGUUCCACAAGCAGAACAACCGGAUCUAUAAUAAGUGUGUUUUGGGGUGAAUUUAAUAGUUGAGACACUAAGAAGGCCCAUGAAAAACACUGGCUUGGCUUUGCUUUAGGUUAAAAAAAAAUCUUCCUGUGGUAGUGCCUUUUUGGCCCGUUUAAAUUGAUUGUUAGGAAUAUGCUCAUCCGUGAGUGUCUGUAGUGUAAGAAACCCCUCUUUAGCAAGCGGACAGAGUGAGAGCAGGUCGUUCCCCUGUCUCGUUGAGCAGGUGUGGAUUCAGGGCAAAGCGGACGGACGGCGCCACUUUCAUUCACCAACGCUGACACUAGAAUGCACUGAUAUUCGUACUUUUUUAAACACUGCACAUAAUUAAUGUUACAUUCUGUUUUCAGCCAUCGUUUUUCUCCACUCAUAUUUAUGUUCACUUUAGUCCAUUUUCUUUAUGUAUUAAGUCGCACGACACUGCUUGCCAUCAUGACACUGGGUUAUUCCGCCCCUGCCCCCCACCUCCAUGCUCACUGCUUGUCUGACCUGUGUAGUUUUAGUGCCUUAGUCUGUAGUCCAUACAGCGUCUGCUCCACGUAGCCUCUAAUGUAUUCCUUUGAGAGACGAGCUGAAUCCGAUUUCUCAUGUCCUAAUUAGAUCCUAAUAGGUUUCCCAGUGAUGUCAUACUCCUCUCACGUACCAUCCUACUCCAAAUAGUAAAUUUCCCGGAAGAUAAACUAACGUCAUUCCCUACAAGAUGUUUCAGUGUUUCAAAUGCUACAGUUCGUGUGUGAGCGUAUACGUGCGUAUAUAUAAUAUAAAUAUAUGUACAUGCGUGUGUAUGUGCAUCCCAUAAGCAUGCAUCAAGAUGCAUUUGGACUGUUGGAUAAGGAGAUGCAUCCAUCUCUGGGUUACUGUAUGCUUCACGUAUGCGUCAGAGGUGGUAUCCAUUGUCCCAUUUCUCAGUAAGCCACUUUGAAUGGAAGUUCUUGAGUUUUUUUAAAUCUUUGUAAUUAAGAUAUUCAAAUAUAUAUCUAUGGUGAACACUAUCUAGUAUGAAGCAUUUUACUGGAGUGGAAAGAAACAGCUGUUCUCAUAUUGUUCGCUUUUACCCUAAAUUAAAUGGCUAUGAACCUACAGCAGUAAUGGAUAAUGGCGUAUGUAUACUAUUUAUCUGGCUUCAAAAAAUAUUUUUUUGUAUUCAUUGACAAUAAAGGGUUUCAAAGAACGUU